AUCACCGUCGCACGGGCCCGAACGAUUACGCGAUCGACCGGACGAGUCUUUCCGUAUCCAUUUUAUUCAAUCUGAACAUCGUUCGUCGCCGACAUGAAAUUCUUUCAGGCCGUGUCUAGGUGGUCGAAGAACCAUAAGUUUUUUUUGACCAGUUUUGGUGUAUUAGCUGGUGGUGGAAGUUCUCUAAUUUAUGCACUCGAACAAUCAAUUAAAGCAUCUAAUGAUGCUGCUCUUGUACCUAAACAGAAAUGGAAUCAUAAUGGUUGGUUUGAUACAUUAGACCAUGCCAGUGUUCGUCGUGGUUGGGAAGUAUACAAAAAUGUUUGUGCUGCAUGUCACAGUGUUGAAUACUUAGCAUAUCGAGAGUUGGUUGGUGUGUGCUUGACAGAGAAUGAAGCCAAAGCUGAAGCUGCUGAACAAAUGAUUGAAGAUGGACCUGAUGAAACAGGAGCUAUGUUUAAAAGACCUGGAAAAUUAUCGGAUUUGAUACCAAAACCUUAUCCAAAUGAAGAAGCUGCUCGUUAUGCCAAUAAUGGAGCUUAUCCACCAGAUUUGACUUACAUUACGCAAGCUAGAAUAGAUGGAGAGAAUUAUAUAUUUUCUUUAUUAACUGGAUAUAUGGACCCACCUGAAGGUGUGGUAAUCGCAGAAAAUCAACAUUUUAAUCCUUAUUUCCCUGGAGGAGCAAUUGGUAUGGCUCAGGCAUUGUAUGAUGAGAUUAUUGAAUAUGAAGAUGGAACUCCAGCUACUCAAAGCCAGUGUGCUAAGGAUGUUGUUACAUUCCUAAAAUGGUGUGCAGAACCAGAACAUGAUACUAGAAAAUUAUUUGCCAUGAAAGCAUUUACUAUCUUGGGAGUACUCAAUUUGGUUGUCUGGUACCUCCAUAGGCAUUACUGGUCAGUGUUGAAGACUCGGAAGAUUUUCCAGAGCCCCAAAUCAGUUUUCAAAAAAUGAAUUGUUUUUAGCUUGAGGUUAUAAAUUAAAAAUUAAAAGUUUCUUUCAAAUUA